AUGCCACCACCGGUUUAUCCUGUCACUAUCGACGACAAUCUCGUCUUCCUCUGGAGAGCUAUUCAGCACUCGAACUACACGAAGAUCGACUUCAACCUCCUCGGAAACGAUUUCCAACUGAACCGCGAAGAAGCACUCGAAUGCUUCAGAGAACUGAGACGAGCCAUCGAAGACGCAGUCUACAAUAACUACAUGGAAAAGUCCAACGAUCGACGCGAGAGCGCUGGCCCCACGAAUAUACUUGGGCUUGCUGUUCGUCGUCGAAAGGAAGCUGCCGAAGCUGAGGUUGCUACUGCCGCCGCUGCUGAAGAAGAUGCUGCGUACGAAGAGGAUGAAGAGUAUUACUACGAGGGGUACGAUGAGGAAUACACUGAGGAUGAAGCUCCUCAUGUUGCUUCGGCGAAUGGUGAUGCCUCGGCUGCUGGAUCAUCUAGGGCUGGUGCUUCGAAAGCUGGAACUUCCAAUGUCGGCUCUUCUAGCGUUACUUCUUUGCCUGCUGGUACCUCGAAAGCUGGCCUUUCCAACGCCAAUACACCCAACGCUGGUUCUUCGCGUGUCAGUACUCCAGUUGCUGGUAAUUCAAAGACUGGCUCUUCUAGUGCUGGUACUUCCAAAACUGGUCCUACGAACACUGGUCAUCAGAGUGCUGGUUCGUCGAAGCAGGUCUCUUCAGCUUCUAGCCAGCCUGCUUCUGGGACUGGUCCUCUCAACCCUGAUCAUUCGAACACUGGUCCUUCUAACGCGGGUGCUUCGCAAGCCAGUGCUCGCCCUUCCAGCGCUGGACAUCCGAAUGCCAGUCGCCCCAGUGCUCCGUCUUCCAACGUUGGUCCAUCCAACGCGAACAUUAGUGCCUCGAGAGUUGCGCCUUUCAAUUCUGCACCUUUCAACGUUUCUUUGAACACUGGUCAUCAGAGCACUGGCCACACCAAUGCGUCCAAGGCCGUCAAUAAUCUAACAGUGAACUCGGAGGCUGGACAGGCUUCACAAGGCGUCAAGUUGGCACCCAUAAGGGCUGGUCAGUCCCUUAACCUGCCCCUUCCACGUCUCACCAACCUCGCUGGCCCUCCAACUGCCCAACCUCCAAAUGUUGGCUCUUUAAGCACCUUCUCUCCCAGCGCCAUUCCAGCUCCUGGAGCCAACAGUUCUGUUCUUCAAAUCAUUCGACCUCCAACCGUUCCCGCCAUGAGUUACUUCCAUCCAAGCGCUGCUACAGCUUCUGCCGCCACAGUUUCCGCAGCCACCAGCCUCACAUCCAUAAUGAUACCCCAAGUCCCCCAACCCUCCAACCCCACCCCGAGCCAGACCGAGGACGGACCCGUGGUUCUCGACAUAACCAGUCUCAGAUGCUUCUUUGGCGUCGUAGACCAAGGCGUCGGCCCAACUUCGCUUAACGACAAACUUUUCUCCCGGCCAGAUUUCUUCUUUCCUGCCAGAACCCCGACAUUCCCUACGCCGUAUGGCCUAGACACCACCGGAGCGAACGAGUCACAGACACAGGCGCCCAGGCUCUCUUUGCCUUCUUUGUCGUCAUUGUACACUGUGCCGUCUAUGUUGGCUGGGCGCCCCUCUAGCCCCGCUACGGUGGACAAAGGGAAGAAGCGGAAGAGGGCGUCUGGAUCGGGGGGUGGGAUGGAGGAAGAUAAGUCUGACAAGGAUAAGGAUCCUGCGGAGUAGGUCGGUUACGAUAUUUGGUUGCGGAUUAUGUUUAUGGGUAUGGAGUAAUACAUGUGCAUUCGGUAGGGAAGGACGGGGCUGAAUAUGACAGGUGACAGCAUGUACGUAUGCUAUGGUUUACAGGAUCGACGGAAUAG